AUGGUGGGGCGGGUGGCGGGCAGGGCCCUGCUGCCGGGCGGGUCGGGAUACCAAGCCCUUCCCUUGGGAGACUUUGACCGCUUCCAGCAAUCCAGCAUCGGGCUCUACGGUGCCCAGAAAGGCUUCUUCUCAUUUGGAUCCAAGCAAGACCCUCUGGGGCAGACCUCAAACGGAGCAGAUUCCUCCCAGGGCUGGCUGUCCUGGAUCUGCCAUGGGAUUAUCACGUCCUUCGUCUUCUUGUUGAUGGUUGCCACCUUCCCCAUCUCGGGCUGGUUUGCCUUGAAGAUUGUGCCCGCUUAUGAGCGAAUGAUCAUCUUCCGCUUGGGCCGCAUCCGGGCACCGCAGGGGCCAGGCAUUGUCCUGCUGCUGCCCUUCAUCGAUCAUUGGCAGCGAGUGGAUCUGAGGACGAGGGCCUUCAACGUGCCACCCUGCAAGCUGACCUCCAAAGAUGGCGCUAUCAUCUCGAUGGGUGCUGAUGUCCAGUUCCGGGUGUGGGACCCAGUGCUGUCCGUCAUGAUGGUGAAGGACCUCAUCACCACCACCCGCAUGACAGCACAGAAUGCCAUGACCAAGACUCUGCUGAAGAAGAGCCUCCGUGAGAUCCAGGCCGAGAAGUUGCGGAUUGGGGAACAACUCCUGCUCGAGAUUAAUGACAUGACCAAGUCCUGGGGCCUUGAGGUGGACCGGGUGGAGCUGACCAUGGAGGCUGUGCUACAGCUGCCCCAGGAGAACCUGGCAGGCCCCCUCGCCCCCCUGCCACCAGUGCCAGGGCUGGAGGGACUCGACAGCACCAUUCAGCAGCUGGCUGCCCAUCUCUUCGGCAACACUCUGGCUCUGACGGGCAGUGCCAACAGUGCUCCAGAGGCAGACAGCGUGGAGACCGUGAAUGAGGUGGAAUCUCCCACUGCUGCCGUCCCCACCGCCAGCAGCAGGAGAAAACCCAGCGUGGACGAGCUGCUCUCAGCUGUGGAGCUCUUCCUGUCCGAGUCCUUGGUUGGCCAGGUGGGAGCAUGUUACCAGGUCAACAUCAUCCUGCCAAGUGGAGUCCGGAGCACCUAUUUCAUAGACCUUUCCUCAGGCAGCGGGCAAGUUGGCCGCGGAUUGCCAGAGGGCAGCCCUGAUGUGGUUCUGGAGAUGGCAGAGAAAGACCUGCAGGACCUCUUCCUGGGUGAACUUCGUCCCUUGAGUGCCUAUAUGAGCGGAAGGCUGCAGGUGAAAGGCGAUCUGCACGUUGCUCUGAAGUUGGAGGAGCUCUUCAAGGCAAUGAAGCAACGUAGAUAGAGCAUGCGUGUGAGUGUGUGCCCUUGUGUCCAUGUGUGCAUGUGUCUUUGUAGAUGUGCGAAAGGCACAGCAGGGGUGUAGUCACAAAUGGUGGGGAAUGCUAGGGUGCUGCAGGGCGAGGGCCUUGCCUUCCUCACUUUGGAGCUCAUGCUGUCCCCUCUACAAGGUGGCAGGAGUUGUGUGUGAGCAGGGAAACUGAGGCAACACAAGCCUAGAAAACUCCCUGUCCCUCAGGUUCCUACCCUCUUCGGGGUGAGCUCCAUUGCUUGACCAUGUCCUUUUCUUUCCCUCCCCUCCCCACUCUUGCCCACAACUUUACUGGGAAUAAGUUGGCACUCCAGCCUAUGUCCAGAGAAUGCAGUUUCCUUCCAGGUCCUUUGGCUACGAGUUGCUCCAGGAGCAUAGGGCAACGUCUUGCUGCCUCCCCAGUGGCAAAGGGAAGAGGGGUGGGUCUCCCCUGGGAGAUGUGGGGAUGGGAUCCCCCUGGGGAUCUCAUGCUGGAAGGGGCAGGAGGUGACUGGAUUGAACUGGGAGGAGCCUGGGGACACUGUGAUCAAAGCAGCUUGACAGAACAGUAGUCAUGGGAGGGGGAUGGCACAGGGAGGAGAUCAUGGGAGGUCAGUGCAGCCGAAGGGGGACAAUAAGGCGAUUGGGCGAGGCUGGAUGGUGUGAGUGGGCCUGGGAUCAGGUCUAGCUGAUCAGUGGAUGCUGGACCCCAGCAUUUCCAAGGGAAGGAGCAGCGGCAGCAGGUUAGGGAAUGACCUGCUCAGACAUGCCUGGGCCUUCCCGACACAGAGGUUUGUAAUAAGUGAUUGCGCUAAUUUGUGCUUGAAAGCGCUUUUGCAUGCAUGCUGUGAGGUCUGUCCACGGGGUGCGCGUGGAUUGUAUAUAGGCGUAUAUAGAUACUUAUUUAUUUUGUAAGCUUCCUUUCUAUCGACUCUUGGUCUACAAUAAACCUGUUCUGCAGCCUUG